CGGCUCCGUUCGAUAGCAUUCGAUGUCCGAGUUGGAAGCAUGUCCUGCCUCGAUUAACUGGCCCAUACAGAUCGCCAUCAUGAUUGAUUCAACCUAAAGGCCAAAUAUCUAUGCUGCAUUUGUCAGCGUACGGGGUUAGGUGGUGCUUGGCACUCAUCCAGAUUCAUUAUUUAGAGCGCCGGAUCCCUCACAGAUCCCUGGUCAACUACUGCAACACUGCUACCUAACCUUGCUCUUCUUUAACAUCGAACCAAUCAUUUCGAUUACUUUCGGCACAAUACCUAGUCAAAAUGUCACUUAAGCCUAUCAUCCUCCACGGCCAUGCGGCAGGUCCAAACCCCUGGAAGGUAGCCAUGCUCCUCAAUGAACUCGACAUCCCCUACGAAAACAAGCACCUGCAGUUCGAAGACAUCAAGAGCGAGCCCUUCUUCAAGCUCAACCCUAACGGCCGUGUCCCGGCCAUCGAGGAUCCGAACACGGGAAUCACUCUCUGGGAGUCUGGUGCUAUCCUUGAAUACAUCGUCGAAACCUACGACAAAGAGAAGAAGUUCAGCUUCGAGGCCGGUACCCCGGAGUACUUCCACGCCAAGCAAUGGCUCCACUUCCAGAUGUCCGGUCAGGGCCCGUACUUCGGCCAGGCAGUGUGGUUCACCAAGUACCACGUCGAACCGGUCGAAAGCGCUCGGGUGCGUUAUGUCAAUGAAGUCCGUCGUGUGUCGGAAACGCUGGACAAGGUUCUCGCAGACCGCGAAUAUUUGGUCGGCGGAAAGUACAGUUAUGCGGAUCUCUCCUUUAUUCCCUGGUUCGGCAUUAUCCCCUGGAUCACCGGGGAUGUGAUUAACCUGGAGAAGGACUUCCCUCACCUCAAUGCCUGGCUGGAAAGAAUUAGGGCUAGACCUGCCAUCGCCAAAGCGCUGGCUGAGAAGGCCGAGGCAACAUCGAAGAUGGCAAAGCCUUGAACAGGAAGGGCGAGGUGAUUGCGCAGCAGCCCGAUUCGAGAGAGCUAGCCGGUCCUUGCUCAAUGGACGGGAUGUGCGAUUUGUAUUUAGAAUGGGCUAUCUUUAGUCUGAGAUUAAUGGUCAUGAUAUGGUUAGCAAUCGAGGCAUUCAUGGG